AUACUCUAUGGACUGGAUUGUGCAUAUCUCAAAAAAUGGCGAAUGAUAAAUUUCUGUUCAUUGCUUGAAAGCACAAUUGCUAGGAACAUUUUAAUCGUGUGGAAUAUUAGAUUUUAUAAUUACGUCAAUAUCAACAAUGGCUGACGCAGAUGUUGAGCGGAGAAAUGUGCCUCGAUUCUUCUGCCACAGAUGUAACGUUGAAUUCAAUCAAGUUUUACAGAAUUACUCUUGUCCAUUUUGUAAUGGGGGUUUUGUGGAGCAAUUGGAGGGUAGUACAGAGGCACAGGAUCAGUCUGGAGAUGACUUCACUGAUGCUGACAUGAGUAAUAUUGGAGACAUGAGUGGCAUGGAGGAUAUUGAAGUGGGCUCAGAUCAAAGUCGACCAGGUGUAACUCCAAUUUUUAACGAUAUGGCGUCAUUCAUGGCAGCGGCAGGACUACGGACUCCAGUUCCAGGCCCAGAGUUUGUACAAGAGUUGAUAAUGCUGCUGGAAAAUGGUCGACCUCGGACUGGUGUGGUGACAGCGGGAGCACCUCUAGUAUUUGUUGGAGCUCCUGGCGAUUAUGUGUUAGGAGGAGAAGGUCUAGAUGCAGUUAUAACGCAAAUGCUGGGGCAGCUAGACACCUCUGGUCCACCGCCGCUACCAGGCGAUCAGCUGGCGGCGCUGCCCACUGAGACCAUCACAGCAGAACAGGCCGCGGAGAAUACCACCUGCUCUAUCUGUUGGGAGAACUUUCUAGAAGGCGAGUCGGUAUCACGCCUGGAGUGCCUGCACAUGUACCAUUCGACGUGUAUCCGGCCGUGGCUGCAGCUCCACGCCACCUGCCCUAUCUGCCGGCGCUCUCUGCUCGUGCAGCCGCCGCCCGGCGAAUCCAACCCGCAACCCACAGUCACCACACGACGUCACCUAUACACACCGACGUCACUGCCACGCGUGAUACUAAGGAGGUUAACAAGACGACCGCAAUCAACUGGACCACAGACACAGACAUGGGAUUCGCUUGCAGACUCAAGCAGCACCUCGGGGUCUACAUCCACGACGUCGUCUGUCACGACAGGCGGUGUUUGGGCCCCGCAACGCUCAACUUCCAACUCAACAGGCAGUAAUUCCACCACCUCCCUCAACUCCAGCAAUGACCGAGGCGAGCGCCAAUACAAUAUGGAUAUUGACUAUGACUAGAACAUUCCGGGCAAUGUAUGGAGUGUACAAAGUGAAUUGUGUACAAACAGUUGAUGCUCGAAGUGAUUUAUUUAUCAAUAGAACACAUUUCAGUUUGUGAUUUUGGUGUUUUGUAUAAAUUAUUAAUGGACUGUUUAUAUUGUGCCUCGGUUUAUUAUCCAGUGCUGAGAUAUGCAGGUAAUUUUUUUUUCUCUCCAAUGUUUAUGUAAAUAGAAAUAGAGUUCAGAAUAUAUAUGCAAAGACGACAGUACUUGUGUGCUUGUAUGUUAAUUCAAAUGUUAGUAAAUACAUCAAAUAAGUUCAUAUAACUUACUUUGAUAUAUUUUUGUAUACAUAUUGCUAAGUUGUUGGACAGUUGCCGAUGUUUGAUAGAAGCCACAAUAUGGAAUGGCUACUUUUAUAAAGCAAUGAAGUUUCCUGCCUAAAGUCUAUAAGGGGGUUAAUAUGACUGUUAUAUUCAGGCAUAGUUUAGCUAAAUUAAUAUUAUUAUAUGCACCUACAAAGUUUGAAUUGAAAGUUAAAUAUGAAAAAUGUUACUUUAUAUGUCAAACCUUUCAAAUCACCUUGUCUUAUAUUUUAAAUAGUUUUUUUUUUCUUUUACUAACAGAGAACAUAGUUUGUGUAAUUUGUUAUGUGGGUGCAAAUACACAGUGAAUUAAAAAAAAAUGUUUUGUUUUAUUAAGACAUUUAUUAUUUUUUUUUG